AUGGAUCAGGGAAGGUGUGUUGGGCGAAGACGUUCUCAACUUCUUUUCCAAUUUUCCUUUCAGAUCGCACGCCACCUCGAUCACACCUCUUUUGCACCGAUUACAAAAAGACGGUCACACGACCGCUCUCGAAUUUGCCACGUACAAACCGGAAAUGGAUUUCGGAGUGGAAGAACGAUUCAUUAAUAUGAGCGGGUUCGAGAAUCAUUUCGUCUCGAAAGACUUUUUCAAAAUCGCCUUUGAGGGCGAGUUCACUUUCCUCCAUCAGGUCAGUGUGCAUGGUGCAUCGACCGAAACAUUUUUUCCACCAUUUUUCAGGCGGUCCCCUUCAUUUUCGGCUCAAUCUCGUGCAAUAACAUACUGGAGCACAAGAAGCAGCGGUUUUUGGAAAUUGCCAACGAAAACUGGGAUCUUUUCCUCUCGGAUUCCCUUUUUUCGCCGUGUGGCUACGCGAUGGCGGAGGUGGCCGGCAAGCAUCACGUCAUGAUGCACUCGAGCGACGUCGAAAGUGCUCAUGGCACUUUUAAGGGAUUCAGCAGGUUUGUUGCAUCAGUUACUUGUCGUCAAACUUCGGAGGGGCAUAUCUCGAGAUCCAAUGAUUAUUUUGAAAAACUGUCAACUGCAAAAAUGUUGGAAAAUGUGUGCUCAACAUGUUUGCAAUUGACACUUUUUGUUGAAAACUCUUUAUUCUCAAGUUACAGGCCUAUUUCUGAACAGUACCGACAAGCCAGGCUGGAUAUGGGUCUAAAAAUCGUCCAUUGGCUCAAACUACCCCUUCAAGUCCAUCAAUUUUUGCAGAAACUACGCGCUAAUGGUGCCCAACUUCCUUCCCUACUCCAUGUCGGAUUUCUCGGUCGACCACUGGUGGCACCGUGUCGUCUCGACCGUCGACUGGUUCGGAAGCAUGCUGAUCACGGGCGGCGUGGCCGGCCUCGCUCAAAAAUGGGCGUUGCGCAGUAUUAUCAAAUUUCCGUUCUUCUCUUUCUACGACUACAAUCGCAAGAGCACCUUCUCGUUCACCGACAUGCCCGAUCCGUUGUACCGGUCGGAGCGAGGACUAAUGACGUGCGAUUGCACUAUUUGUACCAAUGGCAAAGCACCAUUUUUUGCAGUUCUUCUCGUUCGGCACCUAUUGCAAGCAGCCGAAAAACGAGUUGGACGACGAGUGGAAACAGUUUGUGGAGGACCGCCGAUCCAAAGGGACCAUCCUCGUCGCGUUCGGCACCAUCAUCGAUUGGCGAUUUGCGCCCGAAGACAAAUUCGAAAUUUCUGAACGUGCUCAAUCGACUCACCGACUACCGCGUCGUGUGGAGCAUGAAAGGCGACCGGCCCGACGGACUCGGCGCCCACGUGAAAACCGCUUCGUGGGUCCCGCAGCAUCAGCUCCUCGCGCACAAGAACACGGUACUCUUUGUGAGUCACGGAGGUCUCAAAAGGUGUGUGUGUGUGUUGGUAGUUUUACAAAACAAGUGUGUUCACCGUUUUUAGUGUAAAAGAAGCGGUUUGCUCGGCGACUCCGUCUAUUUUCAUGCCAAUGUUCGCGGAGCAGAUGAGGAAUGCGUGGUUGGCAAAGAAUAAGGUCGGUUUUUAUCAUUUUUUGACUGGAUUUGGCCUAAUUUUUAGCACCUAGUAGCCUAACAUUGAAGUUUUUACACAAAUGCAGUGCUACCGUUUGCAGGGAUUCGCCCGUAUUCUCAACAAAUUCCACCUGUCCGAACGGUACCUCGAGGGCCACAUUCGCGAAGUGGUCGAGCACAAAUUCUACCAAUCGAACGCCGAAAAACUGUUGUCGACGUUCACGGACCAACCGAUGGACGCACUCGACGAGGCGGCCUUCAAAUUCGGCAGACUCUUCAAGUACAACGGCAAAAUGCCGGCGUACUUCUACCCGCAAUCCAUCGAUCUGUCCUAUAUUACGGCCCUGAAUCUGGAUAUUUUGAUUGUGGUCCCGCUGAUCAUCGGCCUGCUCGUUGACAAAUGA